ACCACCAACGGACCCGAUCAGGUGAACAACAAGUACCAUACCUCGAGGCAGUUGGUUACCAAUAAGAACCGGCUCAUUUCAUCUAAAAAUGACUCGUUCGCACAAAAUAAAUGACCGUGAUCAUUCCGCACCGCAGACUGGAAUCAUAGCUCCCAACGAGGCCCUUCCCCGUUACUUCGCAAAAUCAGGCCCUGUUGAUGCCGAUCCCCGAAAGACCAAAAAGGAUGGUGGAGGCAAGGGAAACUGGGGGCGUUCAGGUGAGGAGGUUCGAGAUUACGAAUACAGCUUCAUGAAUGCCCGCCGCCGCUCGAAUAGCAGUGUUCAAGGAAUCUCGGGUUUCAAAACCAAAUUUGAAACUAUCGAGCCUGAACCAGUCUUUGAAGAGGAUCUACACGGGCCAUUGGAUGAGAAUAUCAUUGAUGGGCCUCCUUUUGUCAAGGCUGACAGUGUCAGUAGCGGUACCAGUGGUGGUGGCGAGAUCGAGAAGGCUGCCGACCAGAAAAGCUCCACAAUGAAUUGAACGGCGCCGCGUACACCCAAAUUCUAUAAUGUUGUCACUAUCAUGUACGGGAAUGACCCUGAUCGCUGGGAUAGGCGCACUGCAAACACCUAGUCGAAGAAAGUCUAUCCUAGUGGUAAACGGCGAGAGGACUUGCAAUCUUCAUUAUGAUAGUUUUGAGCCCGCUAACUAAACAUCAUUAAAAAAACAAAAACGUAUACCUAGUUAGCGAAUAUAUUCGAAACAGAUUUUUUUUUUUGUUUUCCAAAGCUAAAGCUACUCUGGGUGAC